AUGGGCGCGGGCAACGGCUACUUCGUUCCCAUCGGGCAGAACGUGCAGCAGAAGAGAACGGUGAAGGAGUGGUUCCGAAAGUACUUUUUGGAGGGUGAGAAGUCGCAUUUUAAAAUUGAAAAAAAAUUUUUUUGCCUUUUUAAUUAUUUUUUUAACGCUAGCCUAAUAUUUUUGAAAGUUUAUUAAAUUUUUUUAGUUUUCCCAAAAACUAUCAUAUUUGACGUCUGCACAGUGCAGUUCUUCAAACUCUUUACUGUUUGUCGCAAAAACCACUCCACUUGCGACAAUCAAAAAUGUUUUGUUGCAAACGUCUCAUUGAACUCAAUGAAUUCAUUGGUUCAACGAUAUUCAUGACAAUUUUGUCGCAUCGCCUUUGAAAAGGUGUUGCGACAGUUUGAUUCAGCCUGUAAUGUCGCAAGUCGCUCCAAAAAAUGCAAAAAAUCGCAAAUUUCAAUUUGAAAAAACAGUUGUCACUCUUCAAAUGGAAAGAAAGAGCGCGACAAUCAGCAAGAAAUGCGACAAUCACUUGAAACUUGCGACAUUUUAAAGCAAAUUGCACUGUUGAAAGAGGUCAGAAGUGCGACAAGCUGUCGUUUUGCAUUGUGAAGAGCGAUGCGACAUCGUGCGACUGUUGUCGCAACGCUUGAGCUUCAACUGUGUUUGCAACAACAUCUUUAGGGCAGUCGCGGAUAAGAUGGUUUUUGCGACAGAAUUAGAGUGUGAUUGCACCGUGCAAGAGACAAGAGAGUGAUUGCACCGUGCAAAUGACAUAAAGGCGAUUGCACAGUGCAGAAUACAAGAGGGUGGUUGCACUGUGCAGAUUACAAAAGGGUGGUUGCACUGUGCAAACUUUUUCUGAGAAAAGCACGGUGCACUUGGAAGAAAAAUUGCGCAAUUUUCUCAAGGAUUGCACCGUGCAGGUCUUUAUUCUUUUCUUUUGGUUAUAAAAAUAGGGCUGUUUUUCAAAAUUAGUGCAACUUUUUUGAUAUUUUUUAAAUGUACUAUUACAAUCAGUGUCUUAAGUAAACAUCCACUAUAUAAAAUGUCUUUGAAAGCUCUAUUUUAAGGACAAAAACUCGAACGUCAAUCAGAAGUCCAUAUUAACAGAGCUGAUCUACCAUGGCACGAAAGAAACCGCAAGUACCUAGCUACCUUAAUACCCUUUGUUAUCAUGCACACAAUUUGGUGGUCAAUGGCUAUUAGAUACAACUUAUUUGCCUUGUUUCCAACUCGAUAUGAACUAGCGAUCACCAUGAUUCUGGGCGCUUUUGUCGCUGGAGCAACUUCUGAAGGCGGGGGAGCGAUUGCCUUUCCAGUUAUGACACUGUUAUUGCAUAUAACACCGGAUGUGGCUAGGGACUUCUCUUUGAUCAUACAGUCGGCUGGUGGGUUUUUUUUUAGGUAUUGUAGUGCUUAAAUUAAAAAUUUUAUUUUAACACUUCAUAUUUUACACUUUACGCAGAUUUUGUAAAUAUGAUAAAGCAAGGAAUAUGAUAUUAUACUAAACAAAUAGCUUCUCAUACAUACAUUGAAUAAUACAAAUUUUAAAAUUUUUCAUUUAGGUAUGGCAACAUCUUCAUUUGCAAUUUUGUGGAUGGGUGUGAAAGUAGAAUGGCAUUCGAUUACUUAUUGUUCUAUUGGUGCUGGUGUCAGCAUCAUACUGGGAUUACAGUUUUGGGAUGACGUUCUUGAUCGUACGUUACUAUCCUUUAUUUAAAUUAAGGUUUUCAGCUUUUAAAGCUCUAUAUAUGUAACGAAUUGCUAAGGAAAUUAAAAUUUGUUAUGAUAAGGUUUCGCUAUACAGAGGUUUUAAAGGCAUUGUGUAGUGUUAAACGGGGAUUUAAAAAUUGUUCGUUAUACGGAGUUUUCGUUAUAUAGGAGUUCCUUAUGCAGAGGCUUCACUGUAAUAAGCUGUGUAAAAAGUUUUGGGCCACUAAAAUCGAAAACCUGUAUAGAAGGAGUCCGAAACUAUUAACACAAUUAGAUUGGCUAGAAAGCGCGAGAUAGAACUUUGUUGAAGAUCUUAUAUUAACAUGAUCUUUCUAUAUAAAAAGCUUGAAAUCAAUCAGAAUGAGGCAACUCGAGCAUCUUCCUUGUUAUCUACAAUAACAAGUCUUUUUAAAAUUACAGUACUACUAUAGCUACUUUAUUAUCAAGGCCUAGCAUUGAUCACAGUAGAAUAAUUACCUUUUCAGCUCAACAAAAGAAGAUGAUGUUUGUGUCGAUUUGGUUUUCCUUUGCCAUUUCUUUAUUGAUCUUGAAUUUGCAAAAGAAGCGAGUUACCUUCGACUCCAUUCCCAACUUUAAAGCUUGGAAGGCGUUGGCUUUGGUCGCUGCUGGAUUUGCUGGUGGUAAGUUGUUCAUCGACAAUCGAAAGGAGUAUAAAUAGAAAUGGUAACUAAAGUGUCCGAGCCAGUGUUGACCUGCCAAAGCUAAAAACUACUUUUUAAAUUAAAAACUUUAAAAUUUUAAAAUUAAAAAUUAAACUUAAAAGACACACCUUUUAGGCAUUCUAAGUGCCUUCACCGGCUCAGGAGUCGAUAUCUGUUCCUUCUCCAUCCUGACCUUGCUGUUCCGAGUGAGUGAGAAGAUAGCGACUCCAACCUCGGUCAUUCUCAUGUUCCUGAACGCCAUGAUCGGCUCGUAUUGGCGUAUUUUAAUGCAACAAGGAGUCAGUCAGCUGGCCUAUGAGUACUUUGCUGUUUCUGUGCCAGUGGUAGUCACUUGUUCACCUAUUGGCGCCUUCGUAUCUUCACAUCUACAUCGACAAGUGCUGGCUUGCUUCGUCUAUAUUCUGGAGACUUUGGCUGUGCUGGGCUUCUUGAUUACUGGUCCUAAGUGGACUCUUAUCCUGGCUGGAGCUGUUAUCAUUAUUGUUGGGUAUGUUAAUACUUUUUAUAUUUUUUGGGUUUGAUAGUAUCUCAAUUAUCAUUAUUGUUGCGCAAGAUAGUAUCUUUGUUAUGUUACUGUUUGUAUAUGAUAUUGUCUUUACUACGGUAAUAUGUUUGUUUAUAUAAAUAUUACAGGUUCUCGUUCUUCUUUAUUAUCGCAAAGAUUGGCCAAAGGUUGACUGGAAUCGAAAGUGAACGUGAGUCCAACGCUUCUGUCGCCGUUCACAGCACAUCGUUCUUGGAGAGAGCAAGCAGUGCUAAUUCUAGUGGUGUUGUAGUUUGA